GAUACAUUUUUCGAAGAAAAAUAAAUUUGCGGAAUUUUUAACAAGAAACGACGUAAACAAUUCCAAAUUCGUUAAGUUCAAGCAAUGAUUUUAAUGUUUAACGUCGUUAGGUAGUGCUCAUUGGUAACCCCCGUCUUUUUUGAGGUUAUGUCCCUCAUUCGAACGACUUUCUAUUGAAUCCUGUCAGUCUCGCUUUCAGAGGAGCAAAAUGCCUCCUGGAAAAUCCACCCCUUUCACCAUCCACAACUGCAACGUUUGUCCAUACUUUACAACAUCCCCUUUUCUGAUGGAAAAUCACGAAAAUCGGCACACCUCACCCUUGUCAUUCUUCAACUGUGAAAACCCCAUUGAAACGUACUCUUGUACGAAAUGCCAUUUCCAGUCUGAACUAAUUCUGCGUUUCAAACAACACAUCGAAGAACAUCGUGACACUAAAAAACAAUUCCAGUACGCGAAUUACGUUUGUGGCAAGUGCAACUUUUACACCCACUUCUCGAUGAAGUGGCUCCAACACACUAAUGUGUGUUUCAGAAAUAAGGUGAACCCUCCAAGGGACCGCCGAGCUUCUGGGUGGUAUAAAUGUGACCAGUGUCAUUUCAGAACAAAGUAUAAGAAUUGUUUGAAAACACACACGAUUUCGAAACACUUGAACGACGAGGAGAUCCUGUGGCACCGAUGCACUUUGUGUCCGUUCAAAACUAAGCAAAAGGGGAAUUUAAAAAGACACAUAAACGCUAUUCACUUGAAUAACGAAGAAAUCCGGUGGUACGAAUGUGAAGUUUGUCCGUACAAAACCAAAGAAAAAGGUUCUUUAAAUAAGCACGUCGUGGCUAGGCACUUGGACGAAAGGUACAUCAAGUGGCACAACUGUGACAAGUGUCCGUAUAAAUCCAAAGGAAGUUCGGGUUUACAAAGACACAUCAAGUUUCAUCACCUUGAAGAAAAAGACAUCAAGUGGUACGAAUGUAAAAGCUGCCCUUUCCGAACCAAGCAAAACUCCUACUUGAGAAGCCACAUAUACCUGAACCAUUUAUCCGGAAACGACGUUAGUUGGUUCAAGUGUGAACAGUGUCCUUUCACAACCAAAAUGAACUCUCUUUUGAAAAAACACGUGACGUCGCGCCAUGUGGACGAGCACGAUAUUAAAUGGUUUGAAUGCGACCAGUGUCCAUACAAAGCUAAACACAAGUUCAAUUUGAAGAUUCACGUAAGCACGCACCAUUCAGACGGACGUGACGUUAAGUGGCACGAAUGUGAAAAAUGCCCCUACAAGACCAAGUUCAGUUUUCAUAUAAAAAGACACAUGAAUGCGCGUCACGUGGAGCAAAAGAAGUCGUUUCUAGUGGACGUGAAAUUGCAUAAAUGUACGCUGUGUCCGUACGAAGGAAAACGACACAUCGAUUUGAAAAAACACAUGAAUAAUCAGCACGUGGACGAAAAUAGUGUGCAGUGGUUUUAUUGUGAAGAGUGUCCGUACAAGUCUAAACAGAAGUACCAUUUGAAAAGUCACGUGAAUGCGCGGCAUCUGGACGGAAAGGACGCCAAGUGGUACGCGUGUGGAAAGUGUACGUACAGAGGAAAGAAUAGCUCGAAUUUGAAGAAACACAAAUGUGCUGCGUUUAAUAAAUAAAGUAAUAAAGCGGUUUUAA